UUGAACUUAUGUAUGUAUUGGACUCAUACCUAAACUUGUUUACAAAUCAGCCUCUGUUAAUUCUGAAUCCCAAUGGCAUCAAAUUUGAAAAGUGAAAAUGAUUUCAAAGGACUUAUUGACUUCAAAUCCCUGCACGAGGAAGCAAAGGUGCCACAAGAGUUUAUCUGGUCAUCCGAGGAUUUGGUUGAAACCAGCAAAGAAGAGUUGAAUGUACCUGUCAUUGAUUUAGAAGCCAUAUUCAACGGUGAUGAUGCUGCUUUGGCUGCUGCUGCAAAGAUUGUGAGGGAGACAUGCAUGGAGCAUGGGUUUUUCCAAGUCACCAAUCAUGGAGUUGACCAAAAUUUGAUAGAUGCUACUUAUCAAGAAUUUGUGUCCCUUUUCAAACUUCCUUUGGAUAGGAAGCUCAAUGCAAUGAGAAAUCCAUGGGGUUAUUCAGGUGCUCAUGCAGCAAGGUACUCUGCUAGUUUGCCAUGGAAAGAGACAUUUACUUUUCAAUACAAACACUAUGAUCAAUCAGAGACACAAAUUGUUGACUUCUUCACUGCUGCCUUAGGUGAUGACCACCAACAUGCUGGGUGGGUGUUACAAAAGUAUUGCGAGGCCAUGAAGAAAUUAACAGAUGUUAUUUUGGAGCUGCUGGCCAUUAGCUUGGAUGUUGAUCGAUCAUACUAUAAAAAGUUUUUUGAAGAUGCAGAAACUAUGAUGAGGUGCAACUCUUACCCACCUUGCAGUGGCAUCCAUGCAGGUGCCCUUGGCACUGGUCCUCAUUGUGACCCAACCUCAGUCACCAUUCUUUUUCAAGAUCAAGUUGGAGGUCUAGAAGCUUUUGUGGAUAACAAAUGGCUUGGUAUUCGUCCUCAACCUAAUAACUUUGUCAUUAACAUUGGGGACACUUUCAAGGCAUUGACUAAUGGAGUAUACAAGAGUUGUCUCCAUAGGGUAUUGGCUAAUAGGGAGAAGGAUAGAAAGACUCUUGCUUUCUUUUUGUGUCCAAAAGGAGACAAAAUUGUGAGAGCACCUGAAAAUAUACUGGGAAGACAAGAGCCAACGAAAUAUCCUGAUUUCACUUGGAAACAAUUUUUCGAGUUUACACAAAGGAAGCAUAGGGCUGAUCCCAACACUCUUCCAGAUUUCGUCUCGUGGAUUAAUUCCAACUCAAGCUUCUAGUUACUGGGGAGUUUGUUUCUGAUUAAGAUUGCAUUUCAGAUAUAUAAUAAUUGCUACCUUUGUUGUUACCAUAUUUUCUAUGUAUACCUGCGUAGAAUAAUAUCUACGAACAAACAUUUAGUGUAGCUCAUAAUAAAAUGAAUUGCACCCAAACAAUAUGAACUAUAUUUUAUUUUUAAA